AUCUUCGCACUUGAGGUCUACAUGCUGGUCUCUCUCGUGAUCUCUUUGAUCCCGCCGCUGGUGGAAGAAGUCAUUGCAGUUAAGCAAGCGAUGCGACAAAAUUUGAUCGACGACUUCAUGUACGAAGAGGCGCUGAAGGAGGAGGCGGAGAGGGAGUCGAGGCAGCAAAUGUCGGUCAGGAUGCAUCUGCUCAAAUCUGACUCAAAGGAGCAACUGACAACUUUAGAGGAUGAAAUGUUGAAUUGA